GGUGUGUACAGACGAGGAGGUGCGGUUUGUUCCGAAACACCGAAAACCUACCAGACGACCUACUUUUUUUCAGAGAAAGUGGAUGUGUGCCAGUGCAGAGAGUUUUUUGGGGAUGCUCUUACCGUCGUGGUGGAUUUAAACACAUUAGAGACACCCUGUAUAACUAUUGAGUUUAGGAUAACGUUAACAAACAAGGGUUCAACAUGUCAGAGCCUAUUGUUAUCACCCUGGAAACGGCCUCGGGGGCACCGGGUUCAUUCCCCGUGGUGCUGAAGAAGAUCAUGGAAAUGCCUCCGCCGAAUAUUCUGGACGGAGACGACGACACCGACAAGGAAAAGCUGUGUCUGGGAGUCAAUGUGGACCUGGUCGGAGGAGGUAGCGACAUGGGUCCUUCAGCCGCCCUGACCCCCGCCAUCUGGGAGAAAACCAUUCCCUACGAUGGCGAAAACUUCCACCUGGAGUACAUGGACCUCGAGGAGUUCCUCAUGGAGAACGGCAUCCCCACCUUGCCCGACGUGGACCUCCUAAAGGGCAACCCGGACGGAGACGCCGUGAAGACGGAGAAACGGAAGGUCGCCCCCUCUGCGCAGUUGAAGGCCGCCAAGCUGGCGAGUGUGUCCCAGCUGUCCUUGCUGCCCAUUCAGGAACUGGAGAAGUGUGAGGGGGAAGUGGUGAUCAUCACCAAGAGUGACUCUGAUAUCAUCUGUGAAGUUACUGCUGAGGUGAUCACUGAAACCGACCGAGCGACCCCAGAGCCCGAAGACCCGAACGAGAUCGAAGUCGACAUCAACUACGAGCCAGAUCCCACCGACCUGGUGCUGUCGAGCGUGCCCGGAGGGGAGCUGUUUGACCCUCGCAAACACAAGUUCUCUGAAGAUGAGCUCAAGCCACAGCCUAUGAUUAAGAAGGCCAAGAAGGUGUUUGUACCUGAAGAACAGAAGGACGACAAGUACUGGCAUAGAAGGAGCAAGAACAACGUGGCCGCCAAGCGCUCACGCGACGCCCGCAGGUUAAAGGAGAACCAGAUCACGGUCCGAGCAGCUUUCCUGGAGCGCGAGAACACGGCGCUGCGGACAGAAGUGGCCGAGCUACGGAAGGAGUGCGGCCGCUACAAGAACACAACGGGUCGCUACGAAGCCAAAUUCGGACCACUUGCAUCGCCGGACGAGGACCAAUAGACAGCAGUUGAUUUAUUAAUUUAUUUUUUCUGAUGAAUAAAUAAAUCAAAACCAGUGGGGUUGGAAACAGUAGAAUCGAUCAGAUGAAGAAGAGGAAGGGCAUGACCGGUGUUGCCGUGGAGAUGCAAUAGCAUGUAAAAGACCUGAUAUAUCUUUUUUUGUUUUUUUUUAAGAAUUUGAUUUACCAUCCAUGUGAGUGAGACGAGUGCGAGAGGAUAUUCAAGUGCUUCUUCAGUACACGUCUUUCACGACGUGUACUUUUAUCAUGUUUUGUACGCCUUUUGGCCGAAAGAGAUCACUCGUGAUGGUUAUUUUGGAGAAACCGUGGGUUUUUAUUUUUCAAAAGAUAGAUGAUACUUUGGGUAGCAGUUGCAAUAGUUUAGACGAGAUUAUUAGUCAUUAUUUAGAUAUUGUAGAAAACUGAUUUGCAGGUUACUUCCAGUUCUUUCCACAUUUGAAUGAAUUCUGAAAUCCGCCUUUUUAUUUUCAAACUAUGCCGCGGAUUAUGUGAAGAGCUGGGCUUUUCUUUGCCCACAAAAAAAACCUCUUUAACUGUGACAUUUCCAAUAAUUUAAGCUUCUUCAGGGGAUUACAGUGACACUUCACGUACACAUACCCGUUACCAGCGGCACAGAGCCGGCACUCCCUGUCUCGGCGUCUUUCUCGCUGUCGCUCUUGUGCCGUUUUUGUCACGGAGUAGGACGCCUGCUGCUUAGCUCUCUGCGGGUCGUCGGCGUAGACUCGUCCAUUUACAUCAGUAAGCUUUCAGAGGUGUUGUGUGUAGAAUCCACUAAUGCAUGUACUGUAAAUACUUGUAGCCUAAGAUUAUACUUUCUAGACUGUAUUUUUUUCUCCUCCAUCAUGUUACAAUGUGCUCAGCAUCAUUGGACAUUAAAAACUCAGUGUAAGGCAAGUUUUUGAACUGCAAGUUUUGGAUACAUUUCAAGCGAGGAAAGUGUAAAUUCCUGAAAUAAAAGAGCUGCACAAUGGCCGAGUUUAAUGUCUGAAAAUGAGUGUUUAAGGCAGGCUGUCGCAUGCUAACGGGACUUUAAUUAGUGCUUUAUUAAAGGCAGCUCGAGGGGGAAAUGUUUGACAUAAUGAGCCUAAAAACUCUAAUACAAUCAACCUCAUACUUUCCUAUUAUUCACAACAGGUUGCUUGAAAUGAUCAAAAAACUGGGUAUUAAAAAAACCUUUUCACGAGGAGGAAAUGUGCAUUUAGAUUGUAUCAACUGUUAAGUUUUUAGGAUGUGUUGGUGGACACAUUCAUCAGCCUUCUUCCUCAUUUGUGUCUGAACUGCUUUGUCUGUUCUGUCUGAGGCGUGUCAGCCGGCAGCGUCUGUUGCCAACAGAUUUUUUUUAAAUGAUUUUAUUUUGACAAACCAGGAAGCCUCAAUGGGUGCAGACUAUAUUGGCGCAUCAAAAACUCUCCAAGCCAUUUUUGUCUGCCAGUUUACAGGGGGGGCAUAUUGUGUAACAAUAAUAACAUCUGAAAAUGAAUCACUUCACUGUCCAGUUCUGACAAAAAGGGAAAGCUGUUUUGUUCUUUUGUUGCUGUGCUUCCAAACAACAAACACAGUGACUUUUCACCAAAAUAAGUUCAAUAUUAUGGUCCUUUUUUCCCCAUGUGUGAAAUAUGAUUCAAGGUGAAAUAAAAUUUAAACUAAUAUAGGUUCCUUUUUAACAAUACAACUUGUAUUAAAUGCAUCUCUAUCUUUUUUUUUUUGGUUAAAGUUAUUAGACAAGUGCUAUAUUUCUUGGGGAGUACAUCUAAAAGUCAGGACAGUCACAUUUGUCAAUAAGUGCAAUUUUUACAUCAGUAAAUUCUGUAUAAUUCUGACAUGAAUGAUGAUGAGCUUCCUGACUACUUUUGGUAUUUUUUUAAUGCUUUCUGCUAUAACGGAACAGGUCAAUUUGUCAACUUAAAGUAGUUGUUUUUAACCUUCCUGGUACCGUCUUUGUAUUUCUUUGUAAAGAAACGUCAUGGCAUUUUGAGUGUGGCUACUUUUUGUGUCUUGUAUAUACGGUAUGUAUAAAUAAAGCCUUGUUGAGAAAGAC